AUGGGGGUCAAGGGCAUGGAUCAGCGUGAGUGUCUUGCUCUUCUUUAUGGCCGGGGGACCGCUGAAAGUGUGGCCCGGGGACUGUUGAAAGUGUGGGUUCGCUGGGAUGGUCAUGCCGCGUUCUCCUGCUGUGAAUUCUUUCCGGAGUUCCAAAUGGCGGGCUUUCUGGGUGGAAUGGUACAGGUGUUCUGGGUUCUGCUGACACUGUUCACAGUGUCCACAGGAGAAGGGUGGCCCAUGGUCCUGAAACACUCUGUGGACGCCACCUAUGAGGAGCAGGGCCCAAACCCUGGGUACCACAUGGAGCUAUCCAUCUUCUACGUGGUCUACUUCGUGGUCUUCCCCUUUUUCUUCGUCAACAUCUUUGAGGCCUUGAUCAUCAUCAACUUCCAGGAGCAGGGGGACAAGGUGAUUUCUGAAUGCAGCCUGGAGAAGAACGAGAGGGCUUGCAUCGACUUCGCCAUCAGCGCCAAGCCCCUGACGUGGUACAUGCCCCAGGACAAGCAGUCAUUCCAGUACAAGGCAUUGACAUUUGUGGUCUCGCCUCCCUUCAAGUACUUCAUCAUAGCCAUGAUCGCCCUCAACACAGUGGUGCUAAUGAUGAAGUUCUAUGACGCACCAUAUGAAUAUGCGGUAAUGUUGAAAGGCCUGAACGCUGUGUUCACAUCCAUGUUCUCCAUGGAAUGCGUGCUGAAGAUCAUCGCUUUUGGGGUGCUGAACUAUUUCAGAGAUGCCUGGAAUGUCUUUGACUUUGUCACUGUGUUGGGAAGUAUUACUGAUAUUUUAGUAACAGAGAUUGCGGAGCAGACACUUAAGGUGGGGUUCUUGUACGAGUCAUUUCUAGGAAGCACUCCCGGGCAAGACCGUGAGAGGGAAGUUUGGGGAAAUGGACGGCUAAGAGAAGGGGGAUCAGAAAUGGAUCUGGAGCCACGUGCCGGGGUGCGUCUGGGUCAUCCCCGACGGGGGCUUGGAGACAGGGUGGUCACCCCUCAGAGCUGCAGAGCUCAUGCCUCUGUACGGACUAGUCCACAGCUAAGGGCUGCACCUGGGGGCUGCAGUUGUCAGAUACCUCCAGCCCUUCUGAGUGCACCCCACGUGCAGGCAAAGCAGGCUCUGGCACCCCUGGGGAGGAAGGAAUAUCAGACUCCUUGGUAA